AUGACCACAAAUAAUUUUAGUGAGGAUUUUAUAUUUGGCAAGGACGGUUUUGGAAUCGUUUACAAAGGAGAUCUCAGUGUAACAUUAAUUGCUGUGAAGAGAAGUAUAUCUGGUUUGAUGGGUCAAAAUGGCCAACAAGAGUUCAAAACAGAGAUUGAUGUUCUUAGAAAGGUUAGACAUCGGAACUUGGUUGCACUUCUUGGAUAUUAUGUUGAUGGCCAAGAAAGACUUUUGGUGUAUGAAUUCAUGCCAAAGGGUACACUAGGGCAUCACUUGUUUGAAUGGGAGAGCGGAAAUGCACCGCCACUUUCAUGUAAGCAACGACUAGUGAUUUCUUCUUUGGAUAUUGCUAGAGGUAUUGAGUAUUUACACAGUUUGGCCCAAGAGAUUUUCAUUCACAGGUAUUUGAAACAUGCUAACAUACUACGAGACAAGGAUUUGAAUGCCAAAGUUUCUGAUUUUGGAUUGGUAAAGCUUGCUACACACAACAAAAUGUCCAUGACGACACAAGUAGCAAGAACUUUUGGAUAUCUUGCACCUGAAUAUGCAAGCACUAGAAAAGUGUCUGCGAAGGUUGAUGCCUACGCAUUCGGUGUUAUAUUAUUGGAGAUAAUUACCGGAAGAAAAGUACUGGUUGAGUCAUUCCUUCCUGAUGACAAUCUUGUAUCAGUGUUUCGCAGAGAGUUUACUCAAGAGAAAAAUAAAAUUUUAAAUUCCAUGGCGGACCGAGUCCUUGAAUUUGACGAUAAGACUCAGAAGAGUCUAAUGGAAGUUGCAGACUUGGCUUGGCACUGCACAUGUCGUGAACCCUACCAAAGACCUGAUAUGAGCCAUAUAGUCAAUACACUUUCUCCUCUAAUAGAGCCAUGGCAACCUCCUACAACCAAUGAUAUAGAGAAUGAAGAUGACUCAACUUACAUUCUAACUGAAAUACUUGAAAGAUGCUCCGCAGCAGCAACUAGCAAAGGUAUUCCACUUUUUUUAUUGAUCUUCCCUGCUGAUGAGCCUGCUACGGGGUUAGUCUACCUCAUUACGACUAUAAAAUAUAACAGCGCAUUGCCUGCUUCUGGCCUCGUGAAUGGCAACAAUUAA